AUGCAGCUUCCACAGAACAGGAUUAUUACUGUGUGCGGUGUGGUGGUAGUCUCCACCGUUGUGCUUGGUACCACAGUUGCACUUUUAUACAAACGAAAAAAAACAGCUCAUGAUGUUGAUGAUGAUUUUAACGCAUUUGCUGUUUCACCUUUAACGAAGUCUGCUGUUGAUGCAUCUGAUGCAGAUCGUUCAAAAGCCUCUGAAAAGCUUUCGCAGGAUGAUGUAGAGGCCGCGAUUAUCGAAGAGUCUCUUGAUGAGCUAGUCCCGAAGAAGUUCUCACCCAUUGUAAGCCAACAAACUACAUUGGAUCCGACCACUUCAUUGAGCAAUGCCGCUUUAAGUAGGGGAGAUGCCAGUGAUAAGAAUCGCAAGGUCAUUGAACAUCUGGGCAUUUCCAUGAGAAUGCCAGGCGGUUGGGAGGUGCGGGAGGAACUGUCCCCUGUGCCGAAUAUUGCAAUGUUAACGGUAUUCAAUCCUGAAUUUGCGGAUGCGCCCCAGUCCGAGGUACCUGGAAGUGUUCCGAUCAUGAUCCUUUCUGUGGAGGAUAUCCGCGCUGAGAAUUUGAACUUGACAGAGUUCAAGGACCGUUCCAAGAGUAUUUCCAUGUAUCAGAUGCACAUGAUGACAGGUGGUGCCAUUGAGCCGGUUUUGCGCAAGGAUGCCGCCGUGGGUGAGGGACCCUUUCGGCACAUCUUAGAGUAUGCUCAGAAUAUGCCCCCGUUUUUUGACAUUUCGGUGGUUAAUCUUAUUGAGGUUCGUUAUGGAAUUGCGUAUGUAUUCCAGAUCAUGUGCAGCCCCACUGUUAUGGAACAGCACAAGUCUGUGUUCAUGCAAAUCGCGCGUGACAUGGAGCUUAAGACGUUGGACAACUGCUCACUGGGCUAUCUGAAAGUCUUCACUGGCUCUAUCAGCAUCCGCAUUGACACGAUGUGGGGUUGGGGACAACCAGCGAGUCGGACGGACGACAACCAGGGCGUUCUAGCCCGCUUUGAGCAACUUUCCACCGUUAAGCGGGAGGAAAUUCUGUUAUAUAAUGCCAAUUGUGUUCCUGAAGCGGAUCUUAAGCCUCGUAAAGAAACAACAGUUGAUGGCGUCGUGAUUCAAUCCGUUUUUGAUGGCAUGCAUGAACGGAAGGAGGUCCGAUAUGGCGACUACGUCCUGGUUGUGAAGCCUCUGCAGAAGGCCAUUUCUUACAUCCCUGAAUCUGUUCUUGUGGAAGCCAUCAAGAGUGUCGAGGCCAGCACUGAAAAGCCGAGGCCCCGACAGGGAGCCACUUUCUAUUGCCCAGAAUACGACUAUUGCUUUGAUGUGAUUGGCGGCAGCCGCGUGGUGUCAACGAAACUAGGCGCCGGGACAGUCGUAUAUGCGCCGCUAGGUGUCCCCCAAGACAUGACCAAGGAGAUCGUUCCAGAAGAGCAGGGGCCGACUGUGACAAUACGCGUCGGGUCGCCAGAAAACGACCCCGACUGCAUGCCUUCCAUUGAGGGGUGGCAUGAGCGGAUUAAGUCCGAGUCGGGACAUGAAAACAUCACCAACAUUGAGCUUACCACCAGGAAAGGUCAACCAUGCUUGAGCUUUACAUCAAAGGAGAUGCAGGAGAUCGGCCCAGGACAGAAGCUCGAGGUGCGGGGUGACGUGUUCAUUUUCGUCAGAAACGGUGUCACGACGUUGAUCCGCUGGGAAACUGCGACUGGAAAGUGGCGAAAGUACGAGCACGACCUCCAUGCAUUCUUUGAGUCCUUUACUUUCCUGGCGUAA